AAUGACCUUCUCGUAUUUAGGUAUGCACUGUAGAUCUUCAAAAGGUCUCGUCUCUAGAUUUUGAUUUCUCAUGCAUAAAAUAACAAAAGGACUUUAGUCAAGCUUUUAUUUAUAUGAUUUGUUUGGGUACAAAGUCAGCAUUUUACUGUGUACUUGGAUAGCUUGAAGUUGUACAGUAGCCAGGUACUCGGUACUCCAGCUACUGUGUUUUCACUGGUGUUAAUUUUCUCAUUGCUCGUCUUAUCUGAUUUUACCUUGCUCUAAUGCACUACACAUGUUGCAUUGUCAAAAAUGGCUGCAAGAUCCGCAAGCUUUCCCCCACGGAACAUUGGGAGACGACGCAGUAGUUAUGGGCAAAUGGGCCAAGGAUUGCAUAGCACUAUUAAUCACUGUCUUAUAUAAUAAUCAAUGGCCAUUCCUCACACAAGACAAUAUAUUCUACCAAAGUUUGAGGCCUGACAAGUGGAAAGCUAUUUCAAAAUCAAAUGCUUAUGUCAACCAGCUCCAUGGAUUACCAUCAAACCAUUUACCAAUUACAAGCCAAACCAGUGGUGAGCGGGAACUUAGGACAACUGUUGAUUGGACUGAGAAUGCAAUACUAGGGGACCACUUAUGGCAGGAGACAAAUGCUUCUGGGGAGUGCUGUUAUGUAGGGGAACAGGAUUGUCUGAAAACUGGUUCUCGUAGGAAGUGUUCAUCCUGUAAAAUAAUAGUGCAUACAUCAUGUAUGAGGCAGCUGGAAAGAAUAAAUUUUAAAUGCAAACCCAACUUUAGAGAUGCAAGUUUUAGAAAUUACCGUGAGAAUCAAGUUGUACGCCAUCACUGGGUACAUAGAAGGCGGCAAGAAGGGAAAUGCAAGCAGUGUGCUCGUGGCUUUCAACAAAAAUUAUUCCAACAAAAAGACAUCAUAGCCAUUAGCUGUUCUUGGUGCAAAGUUGCCUAUCACAGUAAAGUCUCAUGUUUUACAAUGGAAUUAAUUGAAGAGCCUUGCACUCUAGGAGUUUACGCCUCUUGCAUUAUACCACCAACAUGGAUCAUACGACUGCCAAAACAGAGGGUUCCAACUUCUUUUAAAUCAUCUCAGAGGAGAAAACGACGUACAUCAACAAAGCGUAGAGUGAGCAGUAAAAAGGAGGAAAGCAAGCCAACAAGACCGUUUGUAAUCAAAUCCAUCCCAUCUCCACAGUCUAAGCCUUUACUUGUCUUCAUUAACCCUAAAAGUGGCGGCAAUCAGGGUGCUAAGCUAUUGGUCAAGUUUCAGUGGUUGCUUAACCCUCGACAGGUGUUUGACCUCAUGCAAGAUGGGCCAAGAGAAGCACUUGAAGUAUAUCGCAAAGUACCAAAUCUUAGGAUACUCGUGGGCGGAGGAGAUGGUACCGUGGGAUGGAUUUUAUCGGAACUCGAUAAACUCAAGUUCAAACCAUUUCCUCCUGUGGCUAUAAUUCCACUUGGAACAGGAAAUGACCUUGCUCGAACUUUGAACUGGGGAGGGGGCUACACUGAUGAACCAAUAUCCAAGAUACUAAGCUAUGUGGAAGAUGGCCCAGUCUCGCAACUUGACAGGUGGGACCUCCAUGUGGAAAAAAACCUUGGUGUUGACUACACACCUAUGGAGAAUGAGCGAGUUACAGAUGAGUUGCCAUUAAGUGUUGUUAACAACUACUUCAGUUUGGGAGCUGAUGCAGCAACUGUAUUGGACUUCCAUGAAUCAAGAGAGGCUAAUCCUGAAAAGUUCAACAACAGACUUCGCAACAAAUUGUACUAUGCCAGAGUUGGUGGUAGUGAUUUCCUGAAGAGGUCUUCCAAAGAUCUUGCGAAGCAGAUAACCGUAGAAUGCGAUGGUCUCGACCUCACACAGAAGAUUCAGGAUCUAAAAAUUCACUGUUUAGUCUUUCUUAAUAUUGCAAAAUAUGGUGCUGGUUGCAAUCCUUGGGGUAAUCCAAGCCCCCAUCAAUUUGAACAGCAACGCCAAGAUGAUGGCUUCUUAGAGGUCAUAGGAUUUACCCCUUCACAAAUAGCCACUUUAUAUGUUGGAGGUCAUGGGGAGCGCUUAUGCCAAUGUAAGAAGGUGAAGUUGACAACAAGGAUGCCGAUCCCAAUGCAAGUUGAUGGAGAACCAUGUCGUCUAGCCCCAAGUCGAAUUACUAUUAAGAUAAGAAAUCAAGCUAAUAUGAUCAGCAAACCCAAGAGACGAGGCUCAGUUGCUGUUGGGCAUGAUGCACCGUUGACUGCUGAUAGAGUUCGCAUUCAAGUUAGCCGUGUUAGUAUGCAUGAUUAUGAACGACUUAACUACGACAAGGAAAAACUUAAGAAAGCAUCUGUACCUCUUGGAAUUAUCAAAGUGGAUAGUGAUAGUGAUUUGGAGCAGAUACGAGCUCAUAUUGAUCGUUUAUUAGAGGUUUACAUCUUACAAGACUCUAAUGCUAAUGGCUCGGCAUCAAGUCUUUCACCAAACUGGUGCUUCUUAGAUUCAACAACAGCAGAUCGCUUCUUCAGGAUUGACCGUGGCCAGGAGCAGCUUCACUACAUCACAGAUAUAUCUUCAGAUGACCUUUAUGUAUUAGAUCCUGAACGGACAUCAGCCGAACCCAUUAAACGUGGUUCAAUGCCAGAUUUGAUUACCCAGGAAGGUGGAAGGCAGUACGACAGUAUCUGGAUCAAAUCUCCUAGUUUUGAUUCUAUUCCAAGAGUACCAUGUCAAAAGAUGAUCCAUGCCAAAAGUGAAGAAGUUCUUCAUAAAGUUGCCAACACCUCUAAAGAAAACUCUGCUAAAGAUCCCAAGACACCUGAACAGAGAAGAAUGCUGAGUGCUCAUGUAGGAUCUCCCAAUCUGAAGAGGAAUGAGUACGGUGGUGGGACAACAGCAGGCACAAGUGUUGCCUCCGAUACCGCUCACCUUAGUAAAUUGGACAAAGCCUUGAUGGAUGUUUCAAAACGUGGAGAUGUUAAGAAAUUUGAAGAAUUGCACAAGAAAGGUGCCAAUUUGAACGCAGAAGACCAGCAUGGCAUGAGUCCUCUCCACCAAGCAGUUCGAUUUGGCCACAAAGACAUUGUCCACUACAUCAUUGAACAUGGUACCAAGGACCUGAUUGACAGCACAGAUGAGAAGAACCAAACCGCCUUGCACAAGGCUGCAUGGUACAUGCGGCACGAUAUAUGUCAGAUGCUGGUGAAUGCUGGUGCUUCACUUACAUGCACCGACUAUCAGGGAAAUACACCUCGCUUACAAGCCCUCAAGUCUGAUGACCAUAAGCUCGCAGAAUAUCUGGACCGUCCCAUGUUGAAUAUUAAACAGAUAAGGAGCAGACGAAAGUGAAUGAAACAGAUGACCAAGAAACUGCUGUCUAACCAACAUCGGUUGAAUUUUAUGCUGUUACAGAUGCUUAUACAUCAUCUACUAAUUAAAUUCUCUAGUUUUUUUUAUAUUUUUUAUUCAUGGAAUACAUUCUGUGAGCUGCAUAGGUGCUAGUUCCUUACGCAAGAAACCUUGAUACAUAUUUACACAAGAUACAUAAUAUUUUAUUUGUACUUAUUAACCAGUAGUGCUGGCUCACUUAUAAAUCUUACCAUUCAAUUUGGUGCAAGCUAUUCCACCAUGUAGAAACUGCAAUAUGCAGCUGGAAGUCAAAAGAGUGAUUUGGUGCGAGUAGCCACAAAGUUUAUAUCUGCGAUUAGCAGCUGGAAAAAUACAUCAAACUGGUGCAAGUUAUUCCACUUGUAGAAUCUGCGAUAUGCAGCUGGAAGUUUAAAAAGUAAGCUGGUGUGAGUUUUCCACAAAGUACUGUACAAAUCUGCGAUAAGCAGCAGGACGUCAAAAGAGUGAAGUAUUGUGAGUUGGCCACAUAGUACAAAUCUGCGAAAAGCAGCUGGAAGUCAAAACAUUGAUCUGGUACAAGUUGUCCACAAUUUAGUAGGCCUAGCUAUGAGAGGCAGCUGGAUAGUCUGCUCUCAAACGUGAUGUACUGGAAUUUGAAUGUAGGUGAUUUUUCCCUCUAUUAGACCAGCAUAUAUUAAUUCUUGCUUCUUUGUAAAUUUUAAAGAAUAAUAAAAACUCAUUUAUUAAGAAACGGGUUGAAUUUGAAGAGCAAACUAAAGAGUUAUCAAAGUAAGUUGAAUUUUAAGGGAUAGAUUAUGUAUUGUAUUCUUUUUAAUAUUAGCUCAGUAAUUGAAUUUUAGUAAUUUAUAUUUUUUAACAAAUAAUAUAUAACUUAUACCUAUGAAUAUUUAUAUUGAAAAUUCUAAUGUUCUGUGGUUUAUUUAUUUCAUGUAUUUUUAUUGCAUGCACACAGUAUACCAACCACAGUGUAAACCACCCAUAAUGGCACUCCACCCAACAUGCCCAACACCAUUUACUUUAUUAUAAUACGUAUAUAGAGUGUAUAGUAAGUACACCCAAAUUUUCAAUGUAAAUACAAAUUUUCAAGAUAAAUCGUAGAUAAUAAUAUAAAGCGUUUAUACUGCACAUUAUAUGCUACUAGUAGAUGUGAUUUUUUAUUUUCUGUACAAUAGAUCAACAAUACACAAAUAUUAAUUAGUG